AUGUGCACUCCACCAUUCGGGCACGCGGUUCAGUGCACUCAACGUAUCCAAGCAGCCCUUCGAGAUCAUCAAUAUGAUGAUUUUCAAGUGGUUCAAUCAAUGUUCAGAAAAUUGGAAAAGAUUUAUGAUAUCAUAGAAGAAGUGGACUUUUUAGAGGAAGAUGGCUCGAACUGGCUCAUGUGGGUGACCACCUGCGGGCACGUCAUUGAAUUUAUCGCGGGUGUGGAAGCAUACCUUGAAGGAUGUCGUCCCCUCAUUAGAACAGCAGUAGACCUGGUCAUUGACCGAUGUGCAUUAGACUUCAUCCGCAGGAGUAUUCCCUCCGAACUCAAUCAUGUGAUUUGUGGUGUUAUGAAAGCACACCAGGCAAAGUUUCGCCUUCGGCGGCACUUGGAUCCCUAUGGUACCGGAAGGUUGGACCGGUAA